GGCGCUAUCUGGUACCUGCUCUGGCGCCGGCGCUCCGCCACCCCGCGGCGCUCCGCCACCCCGCUGCCCUCCGGGGCCUUGGGAGCACCCCUCCGCUGAGGUGCCAUUAGCCACGCUGCCGCGAAGCUAGGCCGAAUGCGGGAGCCGCCACAAGCCCGGGACGAGCGCUGCGAGAGGUAGCGCGAGGCCGGCGCAGCCGGGCACGCGAAGCGACACCCUCAGCCUUCAACCUCCGGGCUGGUGACCAGGCCUGAGCAAUCGGAGGUCGAGCGCCGAGCGGGGCAGGGCGGGGACCCGAGCGCGGACCUGGCUUGCUCCCCGUGGCGCACCUGCCUUGGCCGUACCCCGCCUCCCCUGACCUCCGCGGAACCUGACAAGCCUCCGAACCUUCUACUGAAGCGUGUCCUUGCCCCGCCGUGCGUGCUCUACCGGGGUCUCCAACUCCUCCUAGAGUCUGGAAUCCUCCUCCCCGCGGUGUCGAAGCCCUCCUCCCAGGGUCUCCGCACCCUCUCCUGUGGGAUUUCCAACGCUCCUCUCUCUGGGCCCAUGCCACACCUGAGGGCACUGGGUCCUGUUGGUGCUUUGUAUCUGUGAGGCCUGCUGUUUAGUUUACAACAUUCAAUUUCCCGUCCAGUGGGCAAGAAGUAAGAUCUUAACCAGUCCUGUCAAGAUACCUAAGAUUCUGAAUGAGUGGAAUUAGCAGUGAGAUUCAUUCAUAAGGAUUAAGUCUGAUGAAGAUUUUGCAGCAACUUACUUUGGUAAACAACUCUGAAUGUGUCUGAAUCAGGAAGAAGUGCCCAGAAAAGAGAUUUUUUAGUUAUAUGACCUCAAAAAAUAGUGAGAUGUCAGGUUCUUCACCAUUUAAGAUGCGACUAGUUCAUCUGGACCUGAAAGGAGCCCCGCCAAAGGUCUGCUACCUCUCGGAGAUUUUCCCCCUGUUCCGUGCCCUGGGUGCAAAUGGCGUCCUCAUUGAGUAUGAAGACAUGUUUCCCUACGAGGGCCACCUGAGGCUGCUGAGGGCCAAGCAUGCGUACAGCCCUUCGGAAAUCAAAGAGAUCCUGCACCUGGCCACGCUGAAUGAGCUCGAGGUCAUUCCCUUGGUGCAGACAUUUGGGCACAUGGAGUUCGUGCUGAAGCACGAGGCUCUCGCUCACCUCCGGGAAGUGGCACGUUUCCCUAACACCCUGAACCCCCACAAAGAGGAGUCCCUGGCAUUGGUCAGAGCCAUGAUCGACCAGGUGAUGGAGCUGCACCCGGGCGCCCGGUGGCUCCACGUUGGCUGUGACGAGGUCUACUACCUUGGAGAGGGUGAGACCUCAAGACAGUGGUUGCAGCAGGAGCCCAACAGCAAAGCAGACCUGUGUCUGUCCCACAUGGAGGCGGUGGCCAGCCACGUGCGGGCCCAGUACCCCACCACAACACCCCUGAUGUGGGAUGACAUGCUGCGGGACAUCCCCGAGGACCAGCUCUCAGGGUCUAGGGUACCGCAGCUGGUGGAGCCUGUGCUUUGGGACUAUGGGGCCGACCUGGACCUCCACGGGAAAGCGCUCCUUGUGGAGAAGUACCGGAAGAGUGGCUUCUCCUGGCUCUGGGCCGCCAGCGCCUUCAAGGGGGCCACAGGAGUGAACCAGAGCCUGACUCCUAUCGAGCACCACCUCAGAAAUCACCUGCAGUGGCUGCAGGUGGCGGGCAGUGUGCCAGCGGACACGCUGCGGGGCAUCAUCCUGACUGGCUGGCAGAGGUACGACCACUUCUCUGUGCUGUGUGAGCUGCUGCCCGUGGGAAUCCCGUCCCUGGCCGUCUGCCUGCAGGUGCUGCUGCAUGGAGACUUUGCUGAAAAUGUCAAAGCAAGAGUGGAGAACUUUCUUGGGAUUUCGAGCCUAGAGGAAAUGAGUUUUAGGAGUGAGGGCGCCGGCUCCUUCCCUGGCAGCAACAUCCUCGCCCUCGUCACACAAGUCAGCCUCCACCUGUGCAGCUCCGUGGAUGCGCUGCUGGAGAGGGACAGGUAUGUGACUGGCUGGUUCAGCCCCUACCAUCGCAGGAGGAAGCUCAUCCACCCCGUCAUGAUCGAGCACAUCCAGCCCCAGGCACUCAGGAACUGAACCUGGAUAUCCUGGAUGAGAACCAGCAAUCCUGGCCAUCAGACCGGCAAGGGCUAGAAGGCUAGAAGUUGGUUUUCUGUGGAUCUUUGCCCCUGAUGAAAAAUGCAUUUAUCAAGGAGGCAAAAACUGUUAAUGCAGGUACAAAGUUUAUUGAGACUUAGCACAAGUGGAAGAGCACACCGAGAACUGGUUUGUUAAAAGAGAAGCAAGGCAGAGACGCACACCCAGAGAGAAAGGGUAUGGGCGUCCCUCUUAGUGAGGAGGAGCGCUGGAAAGAGGCAAGUCAUUUAUAUAGGUCAAUUCUUCCAAGUCUUUACCUUCAGCCAGUUAUCUGGUUUCUUUUCCACACCUGACCUACCCUGAGACUCUCCCUUGGGUGUGCAUGCACCUCUCAGCCAAGAUGGAUCUCCAACUGAAGGCUUCUGGGAGGAGCAAGACUCACUACGGCCUGGCAUCAUCCCCUAACUUUUGACCCCCAAGGAACCUUUCUGCAUAUGUGCAGUGUCUCCCUUGUCCCAAAAGGAGGAGUGGACAUCCCUUAAUCCUUUAUUCAAAACAGGGUUUUGCCCCUUUGUCCUUGCAUGACUAUUACCUUAAGGUGUUUAAAAGAGACAAACACUGGCUAUUUA